GAUGCAACCUCCAGCGAUGGAAGCUAUGGAGCCAAAGAGAAUCAGAACACAAAGCAGUAGUGAAACGCAGAGCGUAAGGGACAAGAAGGUGAGGGACAUGAUAGCAGACAAGAAGAGACUUGUGGAGGUGCCGUACACGGCGUCGUUGGCCCACACCAUGAACGCCCUGGUGGCCAACCGGGUGUUGGCGGUGCCAGUGGCUGCGCCUCCGGGGCACUGGAUUGGAGCUGGUGGUUCCAUGAUCUUGGAGUCUGAUAAACAGACUGGUGCUGUGAGGAAGCACUAUAUAGGGAUGGUGACCAUGCUGGACUUACUGGUCCACAUCGCCGGAGAUGAUGCCGACGGCGGCGGUGGUGGUGAUGGGUAUGAUCUCGACCGGAGGAUGUCGGUUCCGGUGUCGUCGAUUAUUGGGCAUUGUCUUGAAAGUCUCAGUUUGUGGACGCUAAACCCCAAUACUAGGCAGUCAUAUCAUGCCAUUACAUUUUUAAAACAUACGGUAACAAAAACAUCUCUCAAGAACCGUUGCUAUGCCCCACUGUUGGACUUAAGCGACGGUUUCGAACCUGGUCGCCGUCUCUCCGAUCAAAAAAAGAUUUUUUUUUACUUUUUUGGGUUGUUGAUGAGAACACGGUUGGGGAUUAUAAUCUUUGACGGUGAUGAACGUGAUUACAACGCAAACUAG